CCUGUUAUCGACAAGCGGAUACACGGGGUAGCAACGAGAGCGGAUGUUUGCUACGCUACGAAUAUAUAAACAUAGCUAGCUAGCUAAGUCACCAAGUAUUAUUCACUUAAAAGGAUAAUUUAUCGGCACGUCAACAAAUAAGUAUGGAUUCCGUCAACGCUUUCAACUUGGAGUUAUUCGCCAUGAUUGACAUGAAGCCUCCAAUAUCACGAGCAAAGAUGAUGUCAGUCACUAAAUCAGCAAUAAAGGCGAUCAAGCUAUACAAGCAUGUCGUCCAGAUUGUGGAGAAGUUCAUCAAGAAGUGUAAGCCAGAGCUGAAGGUUCCCGGCCUAUACGUGGUGGACUCCAUAGUCCGACAGUCACGACACCAGUUUGGAGUGGACAAGGACGUCUAUGGACCCAGGUUCCAAAAGAACUUCACCCCGACCUUCCAGAACCUCUACCUCUGUCCACACGAUGACAAGAGUAAGAUCAUCCGUGUUCUCAACCUGUGGCAGAAGAACGCUGUGUUUGAGAUGGACAUCGUCCAGCCCCUGUUGGACAUGGCUGCUCCCUCCCCCCAGGAGGAUCUCCAGACCCAGCCCCCGGUCUCCAGUACCUCUAUAGCUGCAGUUCACCUCCAGGCCCAGCCCCCAGUCUCCAGUACCUCCAUAGCUGCAGUUCACCUCCAGGCCCAGCCCCCGGUCUCCAGUACCUCUAUAGCUGCAGUUCACCUCCAGGCCCAGCCCCCGGUCUCCAGUACCUCCAUAGCUGCAGCCCUGCCCCAGCUUCCCCCGCAGCUCCAGAACCCCGAGGCCCUGGCUGCCGUGGCCCAGCUCUUCCAGUCCGGACAGGGACACGAGCUUCAGAAGAUGCUCCAGAGAUUCCAACCAGGGCAGCAGACCCCUCCUGUGGUUCCCAACGCCAUGGCUGACCAGACUCCUCCUAUGGUUCCCAACGCCAUGGCUGACCAGACCCCUCCUAUGGUUCCCAACGCCAUGGCUGACCAGACCCCUCCUAUGGUUCCCAACGCCAUGGCUGACCAUCCCCACCCACAGAUGGUCCAAGGCCAGCAUAACUCACACCAUCCACUGUUCAACACACACCACACGCAGCCUACGGAGCAAAAUAACUCACUAGCUAAGAAACUCCUGGACCGCUUUGAUUACGACGACGAACCAGAAGAGGUGAAGAAAGAGGAGAUGGAUUCCCUUGUUCCAGGAAACGUGUACGGUGGCCAGUUUCCUGGUCAGAUGCAGCCCAACAUGGAGCAGCAGUUUCAGGACCUUAUGAUGGGCCAGCCUGGGAGGCAGCAGACACCUGAUGGAGGAUACCUUGGUCUGAACAAGGGCUACGGCCAGAGUCCGCACACUGCCCAGCAGAACCAGGACCAGGACCAGGGAAAGUCCAGAGAAAGAGAAGAUCCAUCUGGGUGGAGGGAUGGGAGGGAGGGGAGGCAGCGCGGCCACGGCAGGAGGUCACGCUCCAGGUCUGGCUCUCGAUCUCCCAGGAGAAAGAGAUCCAGGUCCAGUUCUCGCUCCCGGAAGUCCCGACACUCCUCCCGGCGCUCCGGGUCUCGUUCCAGGGAAAGUCGCUGGAACUCCCCUCGCUCCCGCUCGCAGGAGAGGAAGGAGAGAGAGAAGGAGAAGGAACGCAGACAGAAAGGUCUGCCCAGCAUCAAGAGCCAGACGCUCAGUGUUUGCACCACCACUCUGUGGGUUGGCCAGCUCGACAAGAAGACCACUCAGCAGGACGUCAUGUCUUUACUAGAGGAGUUCGGACAGAUCGACUCCAUCAAUAUGAUCCCUCCUCGGGGCUGUGCCUACAUAAUGAUGGUUCACAGGCAGGAUGCCUACAGAGCUCUACACAAACUCAGCAGAGGAUCCUUCAAGGUCAACCAGAAGGCCAUCAAGAUUGCGUGGGCCUUGAACAAGGGUAUAAAGGCGACCCAUAAGAAGUUCUGGGACGUGGAGCGAGGCGUCACCUACAUCCCCUGGAGCAAAGUGAAGAUGGAGGACCUGGAGGGCUACAGAGAGGGAGGCAUGCUGGACGCAGACACACUCUGUCCAGAAUGGGGAGAAAAUGUGAAGGAGCUGACUAAACCAGGAGGACUGAACAACGGAGGAGGAGUGGACGGCAUGGAGACCGAGGGAGCUGCCACCGCCCACGUACAGGUGCCUCCAGUCCAGCCAGUUGGGUCUAUGGGUGGUCCCCCUGGAUUCCCUGGCCCUCCCCCUCCCUCACCCCCGGUGGACCCCCUCCCUUCUUGCCCGCUGGCUUCAACCCCACACAGAUUCCUCCAGGUUUCCCUUCUCCUGUAGUGGGCGGGCCAGGGAGCACCAAAGAUGACUCUGGGUCUAAAGACCAGGCUGGAGGGCGUGGUGGCCCCUCCGGCCCCUCAGAAGCUCCAGACAGCCAGCUGGGAGCUCCAGGGCCAGGGGCCGUGAUGAGUCCUCCAGGCCCAGCAGGGUUACUGGUUCCCAGGCCGGCCAUGCUGCCCAUGCAGCCUCCUCCAGGACUACCACCCCCACACAUCCAGCCCCACUUCCUCCCACACCUCCACCCCCCCAACAUGCCCCCCAUGAUGAUGAGCCCCAGGGGCCCCAACUCCAUGUUCCCCCGCAGGGGGGGUCCUCCAGGUGGGUUCAGGAUGCCCAUGGGCCACCCUUCCAUGGAGGACUUUCCUCACGGACCCCCCAGACAUCCCUUCCAGCCGGGACCCCCCGGGGAAGAAGAGGGCGACUGGGAGGGCGGGAGACACUUCCGGGGUGGGAGACACUUCAUGGGCGAGAGGCCAGGGUUUGGGGGACGUGACAGGGAUGGGGGGAGGUUUGGGGAACAGGGGAGAGGGUUCCCUAGAGGAGGAGGAGGGGGAGGGGGAAAUGGUUGGUCCAGAGACGGGCCUGAGGGGAGGGACCGCUUCAUGAACCGAUGGGAUAGAUUUGAACGGUGAUGAGGCAGGGCCAGGGGGUGGAGCUGGAGAGACUGGGGUUAUCAUCCAGGGUCCUGUUCAGUAGGGAGAAAAUGUUUUGGAACAGAGUGUAACAGGAAUGAACUUGUCCAGUAAAAACACUUGAGUUUUGUUUCGCUGAACACAAUCCAGAUGUCUGGACUCGAGAACCACUUGGAAGACUGGGCACACUGAGUCUCAGACGCAGACAUUGCAAUGUACUGACUGCCCCUGACGAGUUUCUCUACCGUUCCAAAGACAUUAAGACUAACACAGAAAAAACAUUAUGGGCCGGUUUCCCAAACAUAGAAUAAGCCCAGCCCAUGAAUAGAAAGCAUGUUCAAUGGAGGAUCUCUGUUAGAAUGGCUUCUUAGUCCAGGACUAGUGUCUGGGAAACCUACCCUAUGAGAAUAUCACAGUUUAAACUAGUGGAAGUCUAAUUUUGAAGUCAGUUCAUGUGAAUAACUUUCUUCUACCUUUUGAGCUGGUAUGUUUUGACAGAAAACCACUGAGAGAAGAAGACCGAUUUGUAUGUAUUGUAUAUGUGCUGAUGGCCAAUAUGCUGUUUUUGUAUAUUUUGAGUGAAUGUUUUGUUUAUUCUUAAGUAAGUCUGUCACUAGGGCAGUUAGAAAAACAAACUGUUGAUUUGCUGUCAGUUUUACGGUUGGAUCUGAAAACACAAUCAUCCUUGUAUUGAUGGGGUGGGGGGAAAGCUCAAAACAUGAAAAUCUUUUGCUUCAGAAUUUUGAUCAUUAGCUGUUUGUUUUUAGUAAACUAUUUUUGUACAAAUUAA